AGGAUUUAGCAUGUGACAUUAAACAUUCAUUAUGUUCGUUAUACAAUUUUUAAUACGAGCACAAUAUGGAAUUGGAAUGGUAUACAUUUCAUGGAAGACAAAAUAAUGAGUCUGAGUUCUCGAAAGCCUAUUAUGUGGGGAAUAUAAAUAUAAAUCAAAUAAUGUUGAAGAAAGGUUUUUGCAUAUAUACUAGAGGUUGAUUGAAUGUAUAAAGCUUUGUCAUUAGUGGAUUUGUGAAGCAUUUUGAAUAAAGCUGACCUUAGUAGGAUUAAUGAUAUGAAAAUACUACUGAGAAAGGUUAACCUAUUUCAUAGUAUUACAAUACAAGUUAUUCAAAUGUUUAUCCCAUGCAAUAACAAAAUUUGCAUUGUUGUGUUGUACAAUGCACUGAGAAUAUGUUAAGUUUAAACAAAGUAUGUGAAAUUUGAAGGGCAUGCAGUAGCCAGGGAAUUCAAAAUAGAGAGAAUGAUAUAAUUGAAAACGUUAUUAAGUAGAGAGAAAAAACAGCAUUUCAUUACUUUAAAGGAUUCAAAAACAAAAAGUGGUUUUAGUAGACAUUAAUUGAAUUCUGCAAGUGCAUACAAUAGAAUCAUAAAAGUGAUACAUCAACCAUUUGCUAUAGUGAUAAUACAAUGAUGAUAUAGAAUGAGGAUACAAUAGUGAUACAUAAUGAAAAAACAAUGUUGUAUUGGUGUGAGAGAUGAUAUUGGCACAAUAAUGACCUAAAGUAAAGGAACAAACAGUGAUGACAAAGAGUGGCAAUAUGACGAUGACCUUAACAGUUAUGAUAUGAUGAUGAUACACCAGUAUGAAUGUGCUAUAUGACAAAUGCAUUUGAAAAUACUUAACAGAUCAGAAUACCAGAAUGAAGCAUACAUAUGUGAGAUACUCCAUCUAACACAUGCAAACAUAUACACAAUCAACUCAAAACAAUGUCAGCUAGUGCCUAUAGCUGUUACAUAAUGUGGAUAGUCGUAUUAUGUUCAGUUGAAGCUCUCGAGGGGGAGGAUCUUGAUCGGCUUCAUUUUUGCCCAGAGGAUGACUGUUGUGCUCCUUUCUGUCGCUGUCCAAGUUUUCAACCACCUGGUGAACUCCCUGUUGAAUCUACUCCGCAGUUUGUGCUUCUCACAGUCAAUGGUCCAGUGUUAAACACUCGGAGAUAUCAACAGUUGUUUGUUCAGAAUUUUACAAAUCCUAAUGGGGCACCAAUACACGGGACAUUUUUUGUACCACUUGAUACACCAGAGACUGAAAAUGACAUGGUGUGUGAUAUUUAUAAACAUGGUCAUGAAAUAGCUGUUUAUUUAGAUGCACAGGUAAACACUAAGACAGUGAAUAGAAAAGGGGAUAAUAUGACAUUUAGAUCUGAAUUUCAACAACAGCAAAAUUUAUUUGAAUACCAUAGUGGUAUACUUCAUGAAUCUAUUGCUGGUAUAAGAAUUUCUGAUGCACAUGUGGACAGAAGGACCAUAUACGACAUGGCUCAUGAUCUGUUUGAAUAUGAUUCAUCGUAUUUAUCAACAUGGUAUGACAGGCUUAAUGCUAGUAAACCUCUGUGGCCAUUUACUAUGGAUUACACCCCAGGGGGAGCCACUGGGUCACAUCCAGGGCUCUGGCAGGUCCCCAUAGCAACCUUACUAUUGAAUAACAGCAGAGAGAGUAUGACACCAGUACAGAUUUAUCACACCCUCACUACAGGCUUUCUGCAGCAUUAUAAACAUAACAGGGCUCCAUUUGUGAUGUCCAUAGAUUCACAAUGGUUGAAUGAUAGUGAUGAACUUAGCUUAGUCCUGGCUCUAUUCUUGACAACUCUAGAGAAACUUAAUAAUGUAUGGUGUGUGUCUAUCCACCAAAUGUUACAAUGGAUGCAAAGUCCCAUAAGUACAUCAGAGCUAAUGCAGUACCAGCCUUGGGAGGAAGAUGCUAAGCAGUCAUGCAUCUGAUUAAUGAGGACAAUAUCUCAGAAUUUUCAACUUUUUUAUGUCACCACCACAAGUGGUGACAUAUUGUUAUGGUCGCCAAUUUUUUGUGAUGGCAUCUGACAGUUGGCAUUCAGUGUCUGUAACAAAUAGCAGGUGGUGACAUUUUGCAUGUUAAUGCUUUGUUUCUCAUUUGGAUUUACUCAGUUUUUAUGACAAUACCAUGCAGUUUCAGUAUUAAAUAUUGUUUCAAUAGAUUUGAUUAAAAGUUAGUCUAAAUAACUUUGAGGGCGACUGUUCAUAUUAUUUUCCUAUUAACUGAAACUUUUUUGUUGUCAAGAUCAAGGUUUCCAGUGGAUAUAUAUUGUUUUCAGUCAACCAAAUUGGUCAAAACUGGCACAAAUAGCUUGAAAGGUUUUCUGAUCAACUAAACAGAUAAGAAUAUCAGAAUUUUCUAAAUAAAAUCACUUGGGUUAGAAUAAAUAUAUUCAUCAAUGUUUAAACAUAAUAAAAAUAUAAAUUGAUAAUAUUGAGGAAAGUUAGCUUCAUUAGGAGUAAUAUGAUAAAACAAAUAUUGAAUUCUGUUUUGUUGAAUACCUGUGGCACUUCAUUUUUUGAAAAAUUUCAGGGGGGGUUCAUUGGCUCAAAAGCGGCCAAAAUCACUUUAAAGUGCUCAGAAUGGUGAAAAACUGCAUGAUUGUGAAAGAAUUUUUGCCCCCCCUGUCUAUGGGCCUGGCAUGGUUCAUUUUCAUUUGUUCCUAUAGGGAUUUAUCCUUUUGAAAUGUUAGGUAAAUCCUUGUUAAUGUUGGAUAACAUCAGCUACAUCACUUGAAUUAAUAUUAAAACAUUCACAAGUAUGGCUCUAUUGUGGUUUGAAAUGUAUUAGUUUGUCACAACCAUGGUAGAGCUAAACGCUUCAUCAUCUGACUAAUGUAAUCAUGUUAUGAUACUAUAUGUCAAUAAAAGUUAUAAUAAUAUUCUUGUAAAGGAACCCUUGUAACUUGAAAUGAAACCUUGUUUUGUAUUUAAUUGAUUGUCUGAGUAAAAUAUUUCAAGCAAAAUGUUUCUUUUUACUUCUCAAAGAUACAUACUGCCUCCUUAAUAGACUAGAUGCAAAUAGAAAUA